AUACCAUGUGCCCAAUUUUCUGAAUAUAGACUUUUUCUUCAAAAUUGGGAAAACUAAGAAUAGAAGUACUUGUUUUCACGGUUGGAUAGUCUUUUUUGUAACCGCCCAAGAUGUUCAAUCUUCUAAGGAAUGGUCCAAAUUAAUACUGACAUGCUUUUUGAUAAACGCCCCACCUGACCUUUCCCCCCCUCCGAAUCAGGUAAUGCUCACUAUUUGGAGGCUGUCUUCCCGAACCGCCAAUCCUUUUCUCCUUUCCACCCCUUAGUCUGGUUGUCUUUCCAAGUCUCCGGCUCCUGGUCACCUUCACUCCUGGACAAAAAAACUAGACUCCUUUACCCAAUCGUCCAUCAAUCAACAGACGCCAGUCUAAGGUCUAUCACUGGCAAUCCCACUCUUAGUCUUACCCCCUAAAGACCCGGCGCGUGUCAUCGCCCGUUUUGCCCGUGCUCCCCAAGGAGUCAAGGCUCAUCGUCACCAUGAGGCAUGUUUCUUGGCCAAUUCCAUUGCGCGCUCUCCCAUAAAAGUUAAUACGCCUGUCAUGGCCCCAGACUGGGCUUCUCCGCCGGCUCCUGGCGCCUUAUCGUCGGCCACUGUUGCGUCCGCCGUCUCCCAUCAACCAGACUAUCAAGGGACUGGUGACACUGGCGGUUGGCCAAGUCCUCCUCCCUCCGCAUCCUCCACAACCGCUCCUCCUCAUCCUCCCUUUCCGGUCACUUCUCCUACGACCACCUCCCCCGUGCGCAGGAAGCCGCUGCCCCAGAAUGCGGCCGCUGUAAUAACCCCUCGCCGGUCCGAGUCCUCUUCCAGUGCCUCCUUCCCCGAAGGCGUAUCGCCUGCAGAUCCUCCAUUCCCUGUCACGAGCGUUUCUGACGUGCAGAACCAUUCUCGCUCCGCUUUGUCCCAAUCGUCCGUCUCCGUUCCCGCGGAGGACCCCUCUCUCUUUGUGCCCAGGGAUCUAGAUAGACUUCCCCAUGCUAGACAGCCCGCGCCUCCUCUUCGCAUAGACACAUCCGCCUCAUACAUAGAUUCGCCGGACAGCGACGUGGGCGUUGACGCGGACUACGGCUCCCAAUUCGCGAAUGGGGGGCCAGUGCAUAGUCGUCUCGUUAGCGAACCGUUUAUCCCAGUACUCAAGUCGCCCUUAAUAAUGCAGAAACGGGCUACGACAAUGCCCUUACAAUAUCCUUCUCAUCGACCCCCUCCGCUCCAUAUCGAUUCGAGCGGACGUUCUACGUCCGGCGUUGUAGACGCUAAAAUUCCAAAAACUCCCGGCCGCAAAAUUAGCUCAUUCUUUGGCUGGCGAGGCGCCGUUGCGACGUCACCUGGCGCAGAAUCAUCGAGUACUGAAAUCUCAGAUCUUGGUAAUUCUCCGCUCCCAUCCCCAAUGCCUCCUUCCCUACCCAGUGCGGUGACGCCGUCCACGACGGUGCCAUUCGAUGCCUCCAAGGGGUUUCCACCGCGCAAUCCGUCCUUGAGUAGUGCAAGUAUUCUGGAGACAGGACCUUCCACGGCGCAUGUGGCUGAGCUCGAAAAUGAACUCCGGGAAAUCAGUUCUGAGUUGGCUGGCUCCAUACGGCGGGAGAUGGAGUUGGAGGACUUGGUUGAAAGACUUCAAUCAGAAUUGCCUUUGGACAAUGGAAACCGACGUACCAGUGACUAUUUUUCUGAUUCGGGUACCAGCUCCAUUCGCCUUGUGUACGAUGGGCGGAUCGACGAUGUUGAAAAAUAUCGGCGGGCAUCGGAGCAGGAACGGGCUCAGUUGAAAGUAGAUUUAACGCAGAAAUGGCAGGAAGAGCGGGCUCGCCGCGCAGCGGCAGAUUCACAUGUCCAAAUAUUGGAAUCACAAGUACAUCAGCUCCGACGAGAGAGAGUUGACCUCUCCGAUCUGUCUUCUCGGACAAAGGAACUCGAGGGUGCUCUGGAAGCUACUCGCAGAAAAUUGGCGGAAGAGCGGCAGAUCAAAGAUAAUUUUGAAGACUUGCUCACAGCCAUGCGAGUAGAGCUGGAGCAGAUUCGAAAUGAGCGCGAUCACCUUCGUGAUCACAUGGUUCCCGAAUUAAAGAGUAGCGCAGCAUCUAUAUCGGAUGCCUCAGAGGUUCAGCGAUUAUUGGAAGAGCUUGAAGCCCUGAAGAUCGAGAAUGCUGCGCUAUCACAACUGCAAGGUGGCCGAUUUGCUACCAUAUCAGAGGAUAGUGAAACUCCCAAGAGAAACUCUGCAGUGGGAUUGUCGCGCUCCAGCUCAUUGGCUCGGAUGCAUUCGAAACCUACCGUACGAACAGGACUGUCCCGUUCCAACUCUCUGUCGCAAUCAAGCCCAGGCACUCCCAAGGGGGGUGACGCCCGGGAAUCCAUGGCGGAUCGCAUGGAGAGUGUUGAAGCACAGCGCGAUGCACUUCACCACGCCCUUCGGCGUUUGCUCGACCGUCAAGCUUACGAAGCUCGGGAAUACGAGAAGCGUAUCCGACUCAUGGAGCUAGAGGUUGCUCACGCACAACAAUUAGGAUCUCCACGCAAAAUUGGUUACGAGAGAGAAGUCCGCAGCCUGAGAGAGGAAGUCAAUCAUCUCCGGCAACGCGCCGAAGAUGCGUUGGAUCAGAAAUGGCAGUGCGAAAAGGGAUUGGCAGGGCUCAAGAUGGACCUUGACCGUGCUGAGCAGGAGACAACGUCCCUUCGGGUGUUACUGCAAGAACACGAUAUUACCAUUCCGGAGGGCCUAGGAGCUGACCAAGAGGGCUUUGCUGAGGUUCUAGCCACCUCCUCAUCAUUAGAAUCUGCAUAUAAGCAGCUCCAGGCUGAGCGGGAGCAAGCUGAAGCAAGCGCCGCUCAGUCACCUCUGGAAGAACAUGGCCAGCUAGCAGCCUCGGUCAGUCGAACGGAAAGCCUUUCGCAGCAUGUGCAGAAUCAGCUUGAGAGGAACAAUGCAUUGCGCAGCCGUUUGGCAGACGCUAUCGGCAAAGGUGAAAAAGAGCAACAGGUUUCUGCGGUUCGGAUCAAUGAAAUGCAGGCACGUCUCAAGGAGCUGGAAGACACCCUUUUGAUAGCUCAGCAACAUGCUGAGGACGAAAUGGCUCGGCACGAAGACGAGAUUCAACAGCUGAAUGAAAGCCAUAAUGCUCAGUUGUUGCGGAUGAAGAACGGUGCUCGUAGCCCCGCCGGCUUGUCCCCCAUGCCUCCUUCGUCGCCCUUCGUUGCACGGUCGCCUCGCUUAGACAAGACCACUAGUGGCGAUGGAAUUUCGCUGAACCAGGCUGUAAAGCCGGAGGCCUUGGAGCGGCGGGUGAAAGAGCUCGAAAGACUUCUCCGCGACGCCGAUAUGGAGAUGGGGGAGGUAGUUAGCCGCAUGAACCGUGCGCAGAUCGAAGUGGCUGAACUCCAGUCUGACCGAGACGAGGCACUUCGCCAAACUCGGAAACUCCAGGCCGAGAUUCAGGCUGAGCGGGAUGCCUUCAAGGCCCUACAGGGCUGAUCUACCUCCAGACUAUGUUACGUUAUUAAUCUUGUAUAUAUACUGACGAUUGUGGCCCCUGGCGCUUGGUGUCGGUGUUCCGGUGUUACACAGAGUCGCGAUUAUUGUUUUGGAGGCGCAUGGUAGCGCCUAGUUCGUGAUGCUUUUCUUUGGCCCAAGACCACCACUACUUGGGCGCUGUGCAUAUUGACGACAUUUGUAUAUGGUCGAUUUUGAAUCCACACGGGACGUGGACAUGUAUAUAUCAUGAUCACGAUGUGAUCAAAUUUAAUACACAUAUAGAUAGAGAGGGGGAAAGGGCGACCAAGAGUAAUACAUGCAUGCAAUUGAUCUUAUCCCUUCCGCGUGUUUGCUUGGUUUGCUCACUUUCUCUUCUUGAUCUGUCCUCCAAGGAAUGCACAUGUCUCAGACAUUCAACAACUAU